UUUCCGCGUCUCGUCAUCGAUAUUUUUUUUUAACCCCAAGCAUGAAUUCUUUAAAAAGCAAAAACAGAGUCAAUGUCAAUUUUCCUUUUUCUCCACUCUAAAAUUUUGUAGAAAAAAAAAAAUGUCUGCACCUACUGAACAAAAGCCUACUGAGCAAAAGCCUACUGAACAAAAGCCUACUGAGCAAAAGUCUACUGAGCAAAAGCCUACUGAGCAAAAGCCUACUGAAAAAAAGCCUGCUGACAAAGAGCCUGCUACUGAGAAAAAUGAACAGGAGCCUGCAAGCGAAACAGAGACACACAAGGUGUUUAUUGGAAACUUGAGCUUCACGUCAACUGAAGAAAGCAUCAAAGAUUUCUUUAGCAACGCCGGUGAAGUUGUGGAUACAGUGAUUGUUAAAAAAGGAUCAAGACCCAAAGGAUUUGGGUUUGUUGCGUUUAAUACAUCUGAAGAAGCCGACAAGGCUGUAAAGAAUCUUGAUAAAAAGGAGUUGGACGGACGUGAGAUUAGCGUGCAACUUGCAAAGCAACAAGAGCCUCAUCAGCCUGAAAAGAGAAAGAAGAGAAAGAACAAGAAGUCGCGUAAAUCCGCCGAAAUCACACCUGCCACAAGUAAUGAAAAACCUAAAACUUCUGUAUUCGUUGCAAAUCUUCCACUCGAUAUUACCAUGAUGGAUUUAUCCGACUUGUUUAAAGAUUAUCAAGUCGAGUCUGCACUUGUUGCCAUACAAAGAAGUGGUCGUUCCAAGGGUUACGGGUUUGUAGAGUUAAAGACGGUGGAUGAAAUGAACAAAGUUUUGAAAGAGUUUGUAAAUAUUGAAGUUCAAGGACGUCCUAUCCAUGUCUCUGCUGCCACGUCUGAAAAGACAUCGGAGAGAAAACUUUCAUCUAAUAAAGACUCCGAGGAGGAAGAAGAAGCCGCUACUCCACCUCCAGUUGCCCCCAAGAAAAAGUCAAGAAAGAGAAAGUCCAAGAAGGCCAGAGAGGCCAAGGAAGGUACCCAAGAAACAACGAACGAAGAAGAAUCUAAGGAAGGUGAAGAAACAAAGAAGGAAGGAAAGAAGAAUGCCACUAAGAAAGAGGAAGGAAUCUCCGCUGCAAAAGACGCUAAGGAAGCCGUCCGCGUAGCAAAAGAAGAUGACGGAAUUUCUGCUGCCAAGGAAGCACAAGAAGCUGUUCGAGUAGCUAAAGAAGAAGAUGGAGCACAUGCCGCAAAAGAGGCCAUUGAAGCUGUUCGAGUAGCUAAAGAAGAUGACGGAGCUAGUGCUGCACAAGCUGCUAAUGAAGCUACAAAGUAAUAUAAAUUUUAGAUAGACAAUAAAAAUAAAAAUAAAAUUCAUUUGUUGGGGGUCAUGCAAUCACAAGGUUUAAAUGUCAAAAAUCAUACGUUUUUUUUUUUUUUUUUUAUUAGAGGGAAUAAAAUAUAUUACAAAUAAGCCAAAAUACACGCUUAAUUUUUCUCAAAAAAACCUUUGCGUUUUCUUAAUCGUUUUGUCGU